GCCUUCUUCAUACCACCACCAAUAUUUCUCGUGCAUCGCUACUUCAGUGAAAUCCUUCAGUUUGUCAUGCAUACCAGUUUAGUGGGUGAUCUAGGGCCAUUGGGGAUCGUCUUCAACACGCCGUCACAUCAUCGAGUACAUCAUGGACGGAAUCCUUAUUGCAUUGACAAGAACUAUGGUGGAGUGUUUAUCAUUUGGGAUAAGAUGUUCGGAACGUUCGAGGCUGAACGAAAAGACGAUCCACCGAUAUAUGGACUAGUGCAUAACGAAAAUACUUUCGAUCAAAUCUAUCUACAGGUGAUCAGUCUUUCACCGUAA